GAAUUGUCCACACCUGCACUACACACAACACCAGGGUUGGGGUAUAUUUUUUACUGUUCACACACACACACACAGAGUCCUGGAUAAUGAGGCCCUUUCUGUUCCACAUGGCUAAGCAGGAGAACAAGUGUGUGUGUGUGUGUGUUUCCUAUAGUCCCUCAUUACCUGCGCGGCUAAAACUGUAAAGACUUGACAGCUGGUAAGCUGAGGCACGUGGGCUGCUGUGGGUGAGUGAAGCUGUAACGUUACACUGAUCACAUGGUUGUGUUUCUGUUACUUUUUGCUGCCUUUCACUAAAGGGGAAAUGUGUUUGUUCUUCUCUCAUGUCUUUCCCAAGUCAGAGGGAGGAUAAGCUGUGUCAAUUCUGGUUGAUGUAACCUCUGAACUAUUGGCCCACACAACCCAUGCACUCUUCGUGUACACGCACAGGUCUGGACGGUAUCUGACCGUUUUGGAGAGAAGCCGAGCCCCUGUACGCCGUGUGACGUCAUCUCCUCCGUAACUCCUGAAAGGGGAUCCUCCGACUCUUCAGUGCGCGCGCGGUAUUUUGUUUCCUGCAUUCCAGAAAUGAUGGUAAAAAUGCUACCCAGACAUUUUAUAUGGAAUGUUUAUGUGCUCUGGCUGAAUUGAAGACACCCUACGGAUAAAAACUGAAGCAAUGUAGCUAACUCGGCUGGCAAGUAGAGUUGGUUGCCAACAAUGGAGAGAGUGUCAAAACCAUCCGUCGGGCGAGAGAAGGAGCUCUCUGCCGGCGUGAUGUCUAACAGUCUGUCUCUACCCUCCUACAAAGACUACCCUGCAAGUCGCCCCUUCAUCAACACCUCUCUACCCUCCUACACACCUCGCAACACACACAUACCCCAUCAGACACUGCCCAGCAAGGCAUUCCCAGAAAGCAGCAGUGCAGCGAUCCUGUCUGCUCUGAUGAACCUACAGGAGAAGAUCAGGAAGCUGGAGUUGGAGAGAGGCAGAACGGAGCAGAGUCUACACAGCCUGGAGAAAGAGACCUCACACGCACUGAGAGACACACACAAACACACUAACACACAGGAGAGAGAGACCAGCAACCAGUCAGAACCUAACCAAGUGUUGGUGACUCAGCUGGCUGCGGCGGAGUCUCGCUGUAAGCUGUUGGACAGACAGCUGGAGUACAUGAGGAAGAUGGUCCGCAACGCAGAGGCCGACAGAACAACCCUGCUCAAACGUCAGGUUUCCCUUGAGAUGAGCAGGUCAGCUGCUCCCGCCCCUGACUCCGCCCACCAGGCCCAGUUAGACAAGCUGGAUCUACUGGAGCAGGAAUACCAGAGACUGACCCGCACACAGAACCACGCAGAGAGGAAGAUUCGUGAGUUGGAGCUGAAACUGCUGGAAGAAGAACACCAGAGGAAACUGGUCCAGGACCAGGCCAACCAGUUACAGACAGGUCUGGAGGCCAAUCGUAUCCUGAUCCAGUCUGUGUCGCCCUCGCCCCGCCUUCCCAAAGCCAGAAGUACAAUCAGAGAGAAGAAACAGGUCUCCAAGGCCUCACACACGCAGCCGCACUACCGACUGAGCCUGGGAGACGUGCCAUUUGUAGCAGGGAAGUCUGUAGGGUGCAGUCACUCGGUCAGGGCCAACGUCCAGUCUGUUCUCUCCCUGCUGAAGCAGCAUCAGCCCCAGCUAUGUAACUCACGUGUCCUCUCUCACACCCCUCUGGCCCAGCCAGCCAAUGGCACCCACUCUGACAGUGUCUCCUCCUCUUCCUGUGGGGAGGAGCUAUCAGACCUCCUGCUGGCCCUGCAAGAUGAACUGGGACACAUGAGCCUUGAGCAGCAGGAGCUGGUGCGGCAGGCUGAGGCGUGUGUGUGUGAGCGGGAGAGGAGGGGGGUGGAGAGGGAACAGGAGACUCUACUCAGGAGGAUGGAGAGAAAAGUAGAGCAGAUCAGCAAACUACGCAGACACCAAGCACAGGUGAAGAGGUUUAUGAGGGAGGCUCGUGGUCAGAAGCAAGGUGGAGGAGAGGUGAAGGUGACCACCACAGUGACCACACGCAGUCGCUCUGCCGGAGCGGUCAAAGUUCGACCGGGGGACCGCAGCAGGAAAAGUCUAACACUGCUCAGGGACAUGAGGUCCCUGCAGACCUCGCUACGCCCCGACCAACCACAAUGGAGCUACUGACCACAACAGGACCAACCACAAUGGAGCUACUGACCACAACAGGACCAACCACAAUGGAGCUACUGACCACAACAGGACCAACCACAAUGGAGCUACUAACCACAACAGGACCAACCACAAUGGAGCUACUAACCACAACAGGACCAACCACAAUGGAGCUACUAACCACAACAGGACCAACCACAAUGGAGCUACUGACCACAACAGGACCAACCACAAUGGAGCUACUGACCACAACAGGACCAACCACAAUGGAGCUACUAACCACAACAGGACCAACCACAAUGGAGCUACUAACCACAACAGGACCAACCUCACUGACGUGACUAAGACACUAUUACUCACCAGACCGCAACAGGGAACUGGACCAUGAUGCUGAAGAUCAGACUUGAUCAACCUGAACUUCUCUGAUAGCCGUCCCAUGGGUGUCGUUGUGUGGCGAAGAGGAAUGAAGCCAGGCCACCCAAGGACAUUUUGGAAGAGGAUGAUGCUGAUGAAUCAUUUACAGGGACAUAGGGGUGUAGAGAGGAAGGGUAAUGAUGUUGUAUUUCGGAUGUCUUUGGGAGAGCAGCGUAGCAGUAACAUACUGCAGACUCUCUGCAGAGAGAGAACACUCCUCCUGAUGGGUGUACAGUAUGCAUUGUGCAGUAUAUCUGCUUCAUCUAUUGGCUUUAACAGGGUGUGUUGUGUGUUAUUGUAUAAAUCUGAUACCGUGUGUUCCACUGUUGCUGCAAACCUCAGCUCACAGCAAUAGACUGAAUUUUGUGUGUGUAGUACCAUGUGUUUUAAAUGAUGUAAACCCUCUGCCCUGCAAUGACUCCCUGAGAUGAGCAAAUUAGAGUGUGUGAGUAGGGAACUGACAGGGGGGGAGACGGG